UCCGGCGCCGAGGGGAGCUGCGCGCGGUGAGGAGGGUCUUGGGCCCCGCGGGCGGAGAGGGCAGCGAGGGUGGGAGCCAGAGCGCUGUCCCGCGAGUCCGACCAACCGUCCUGCGGCCUUCCCGCCCCACGCCGCCCGGGUGGGGGCGUCCUCGCGGAGCGCCAGCCCGGGAGCGGGGACGACGGGGGCUCGCGGAGCUACGUCUGCCCGUGUAUCGAAGCCGCCGCCGCCGCACCCCGCAGGCGCCCCCGGUUGUAACCCCUCAAUCUCCUUAGGCCCCUGGGGAGUAGAUAGAAAGUUAAGGACACGGGAAUCCAACAAGUAACGAAACUGACCUGAUUGUGGGAAGUCGUUAGUGCCAGGCACAGCACAACAAAAGUCAGGUUGUGUUAGUGCACCGCCAAGAACAGUUUCAGAGAUAAUUAUUCAUGGUGAUGGCCUACAGGGUCAUAAACAAAAGAAGGCAUGUGGGACUUCAACAACUUUCAUCAUUGGCACAAACAGGAAGAAGUUUCCUAGGUCCAGUAAAAGCCACCAAGUUUAUUACAGAUGCAGAGUGUCAUGAAAGUGUGUUAAUCAGCUCGACAGUAAGGCUCCUGGAAGGUUUGGAUUUAACCUGUGCAGUGGGGUACCUUCUCAACGAAGCAAUUGAAGCACAAAAGAGCAUAUAUAGAAUUGGAGCCAGCACUCUUCUGUUUCUUGUUGGUGCGUGGAGCAGCGCUGUUGAAGAUUGUCUCCAUCUGGGUAUCCCCACUACAGUCAUAGUGUCAGUAAUGUUGGAAGGCUUGAACUCUUGCAUUGAAGCAGUAGUUUCCCUUCAAGUACCUAUAUACAAUAUAUUUGACCACAUGGACAGCAUAAGUACAGGUUACAAACUUGAAACAGUUGAUGUCAGUUUAUGUCCUUUUCUACAAGUCCCUUCAGGUCCUGGGUCUUUACAGGAAAAACAUGAUUUCAAAGAUGUUACAUCGCAGUUACUGUCCACUUACAGUCUUUCUGGGGGACCUGUUAAAUCACCCAAAUUCUUCAAACCUAGGGCUAAGUUUGAAACAGAUAAAAGCACACCACAAGCUCUGAAAAACAGUCUACACAAAGAUUCCUUCUGCAGGAAGUCAGUACUAACUCACAGUAGGCAUUUUAAUAGGAUAGACAGUAGCCACUGUUUAAGCAGACCUGAUGGGUUUCUAGACCGACAUGGAUCAGCUCCCCAGAUUUUUAGAUGUAGUGAUUUGGUGGAGUUAGCAGUUGGGUUGAGCCAUGGAGAUCACAGCAGCAUGACACUGGCUGAAGCAGCAGUGAGGCUGCAGUGGCAGAGUGUGUGCCUGCAGCAAGCCAGCUGUAUGGCAGCAUUUGUGUUUGAUAUUUCAAGACUCCUCACGUGCUGUCUCCCAGGCUUACCUGAAGCUUAUUCUUGUGUGUGUCUCGGAUAUGUCACUGCUGUACCCAUGUCUAGUAUUACCCUGAUCAAGGAAUUGCAGGAUCAGCCUUUCCGGAUGAUUCUCAUUGAGGGUGACCUCACAGAGAGUUACCGCCAUGCAGGAUUUAAUAAGUCUGUAAAUAUUAAGACCAAGUUAGAUACUGGGGAGCUUCCAGAAGAUAGUGCAGAGGAACUGUGGACAAACCAGGUGUUACAGGUGUUAAUCAAGUUCAAUGUGAACCUCAUCUUGGUACAAGGAAGUGUCUCUGAACACUUAACUGAAAAGUGUAUGCACAGUAAACGGCUAGUCAUUGGGUCAGUGAAUGGCAAUGUGUUGCAAGCGUUUGCAGAGGCUACAAAAGCAGUGCCAGUAUCCUAUGUUACACAAGUGAAUGAAGACUGUGUGGCCAGCGGGGUGUCUGUGACCCCCUGGACAAGUCCUCAUGAUAUAAACAAGAGCAACAGAAUGACAAUCUUGGUAUCAGCAGAGGGAAUUAACUUGAUUACAGCAGUACUCACUAGCCCAGCAAGUGCUCAGAUGGAAACCAAGGAAGACAGGUUCUGGUCUUGUGUAUAUCGUUUAUAUCAUGCCCUAAAAGAGAAGAAGAUCUUCCUUGGAGGUGGUGCUGUUGAAUUUUUAUGUCUUAGUCAUCUUCAAAUGCUUGCUGAGCAAUCUUUCAAUAAAGGAAACAGCGCUUGUUUUGGAUGGCUUCCUGAUUCUUCCUCUUGGAUGGCCUCAUCGCUUUCAGUCUACAGACCUACUGUGCUGAAGUGCCUGGCAAGUGGGUGGCACGGAUUCUUGUCAGCUGUCAUGUGUAACACUGCCACUCACCCAUCAGCAGUGGAAGCCAGCACAUUCAUUCAGCAUCAUGUACAAAAUGCCACCGACUCUGGCUCUCCUUCAUCUUAUAUCUUGAGUGAAUAUAGUAAACUAAGUAGUGGACUUUUUCAUUCAGAGAUUUCAGAUAACCUGGAACUGGUUCCAAGAGUUUAUGAUACUGUUACGCCAAAGAUUGAAGCAUGGCGCAGAGCAUUGGAUUUAGUGCUCUUAGUGCUUCAGACAGACAGUGAAAUAAUUACUGGACUUGAACACGCACAAAUGAAUUCACAGGAAUUAGAUGGAGUUUUAUUUUUGUAAAGUUAUCUAAACAUUUGAUAAAUAAGUUGUCAUAUUAAAUUUUAAGGUGUAUGUGUAUUUGUGUAUGUGUACAUACACAUGAAUGCGGGUACCUGAGUAGGUCAGGAGGGCAUCGGGUCCCCUGGAGCUAUAAUUAUAGGUGAUUGUAAUCCACCCAGCACAGGUCCUGGGAUCCCAGCUGUGCAAGAGCAGCAAACACUCAACCUUUGAGCCAUUUCUCCAGGCUAAAUAAAAUUGUAUG